AUGAGGACGUAUGAUUAUUUUAUCAAGGCUAAACAAAAUGUAAAUAAAUUUUUAUUCUGGUACAAAACAUCAAGUAUAGGCCAUCGAAAUUUUGUUUGGCUAUUCGUUGGAUGUUUCUGUGGAUAUGUAUAUGGAAAGUCUGAAUAUAAUAACAAAAAAAAAGGGAAAGGAAUAUAUGGAGACUUAAUAUGUGUUGAUGAAUAUAUAGUUAAUAAAAAAAAUAUAAUGAAUUUUGAAAAAAAUUAUAAUAAAUUAAAUAUACAUGCAUUUAAAAAUAGAGGAUAUGAAUAUACUAAACUAUUUAAAGCCAUUAAUUGGGAAAAUUCACCUUUAAGUUAUUUACAAUUACGAUUAUGGAGAGACCAACCAAGUUAUGAUGCAUAUUUAAAAAAUCAAUCAGUCAAUGAAUUAUUAGAUAAUGUAAAAAAUGAAUGUACAUCAUAUAAAAGUAACCUUUAUGAAACCAUUGUCGAUGAUUCUAUAGUUCGAAUUAUUCAAUAA